GCCGAACGCUGAAGUAUGAUAAACAUUUUGUUUAUAAGUAUUUUAUGGUGAAGCAAAAAACGUAAAAAGAACAAAAAUGGAUGACAGAUUGAAAUGGCUGGAGACGAGGAUUAGUUCCUCAUUGCGGCCGAGAAAUGAAGAGCUCAAAAACAUGUUCUUCAAUGAUGAAAACAGACUGGCGUUUUAUGAGUUCAUCAACAACGAGGAUGUUCGGAGAAUGUUUGUGUUCAUCCGCCCCCCGAAGCAGAUUAUUGCAUCCCUCCAACCCCCCCAUGAUCUCAAGUACAAAUCCAUCUUCUUCCUCAAGUCCAACACCGGCACAAAAAUCACCAAGGACAAUAUCAUGGAUGAGGUGUUCUACAUUGACUGUACGAAUAUUCCCCUGGAGCACCUAGAGCUGGUGGUCCGAGAGGUUUACCUGCCACUAAUGUGCACAAACCAGUCUGUUAUGACCUCUACAGGCGGGGAUAAAGUCAUGGACGUCCUUCACAGACUUAUGUCAGCAGUGGAGAUUACACAGGGACAUGUGGAGGGUCGUAUCAUUCUGAGUCUGCCGUCCAUUGAGGUGUUGGCCGAGGCAGCGGCAGCUCCAAACAGACGCGGGGCUGUACUUCAUGUGCUGGAAACCACCGUCCUAGGCUGGAUCAAACAAAUCAAGGGUGUUCUGCGUCACGACCCAGUUCAGGACCUGUUUCAGCAUUUCGGUCCAGAACCAGGGCCUCUGGAUGAGAUAAAGAUGUGGGAACGGCAGCUUGGGCGGUUACACUCCAUCCUCAAACAGCUGGAGUCGGCAGUGGCCAAGGAUAUACUCAACAACCUAGAGCAAGCACAGAGCCAGUACGCUCACUCAUUCAGCCAUGUCAGGAAAGACGUGAACAAGGCAGUGAAAGAGACCAAUAGGAUCCUGAGUUUUCUGACCACAAUGCGCUGGCUUCUGACAGAGUUACACCAGGCUAUAGAGCCCCUGGAGAUGUUACGACUCUUCAAACCACUCACACAGGUUCUCUUCCUUGUCUGGUCCAACUCCACGUACUACCAUCAGAUUGACAAGUUCCACAACAUCCUACGUCUGAUGUCAAACGAGGUUGUCCACCGGGCCAUAGCUCUCGUUGGGGAAGAUAUACUCAGGGAACCACUUGAGUCAUACACAAAGUUGAAGGAGGCCUUACGUGUGUGUGCUGGAUUCCGGGGAACAUACCUCGACUUCAAAGACAAGGCUGAUGACCAGAAUGCCAAAAACAUUGCUGAGAAUGCCGAAAGGCUAGCAUCCCGCCCCCAAGCAGGCACAAUCUUCCUCACGAAGAUGUAUGGGCCGCAUGCGUUCACACCGCGGUAUGGUUUACGCAGUGGAGAUGAUGCCAGUGAUGGAGGAAUGUACGAGGAUGAACUGUGGACCGAUAGCCCCUGGCCUCCCAGGAAUGCACCAUGCUUCGACCUGCUUAAUGCCUUUAUGGAGAGGUGUAACGAUGUCCUGGAGCUCGUAGAAACAACACGACAUUUCCGCCUGCUUGCCGGAGCAGCGGAGAUCGGUGGAGCGGGAAACAUGAGCCUCGAUGCCCUCGUCAAGGAGAUCCACGAGAAAUACACACAGGCCAUGAAUGAAUUCUUCGAAGUAGUGGAUAAUGUGCUCAGUAUUGAUGGCUCACAAAACUUUGAACGGUCAUUCUUCAAGUUCAGGACCAUAGUCAAAUCUCUUGAGAAGCGUCUGGCAGAGAUCUUGCGCCUGUCAUACAACCAGUGCCCAACGGUAGAGGCCCAGCUCCGGCUGCUUGAAGUGUUUGAGGGAGUCAGUGGCAGGGAACUUGUACAGGCCCACUUGCAGGAUAAGGAUCGAGCCCUAGUGUUGGCAUUCAAUGCGGAGCUGAAUGAUGUUCGUCAGAUGUAUGCCGAGGGCCAUCUAGAGCCACCAGGUCAUGCAAACAUGCCACCCAUUGUCUCCAAACUCAUGUGGGUGCAUGCCCUCAAGGAGCGAAUCUCGCGCCCAAUGGACAAAAUGAAGCGUAUAAGCCCCCACUCCCUGGAAGGCGAUGCAGGCUACCAGAUGCGUGACAAUUACAACGAGGUUUACCGAGAACUGGAGGAAUUUGAGGCCAUAGUCACUCAGGAGUGGCAAAAAAAUAUCACUGCCGAGCUCACCAUGCGGCUGAAACAACCUCUCCUGAUAGCAGAAGAGUAUGAUGAAGACAUUGAGGUUCGUCCCCAGGUUGUGCACGUGAACUUGGACCCACAACUGCUUCUACUGCUCAAAGAAACACACUAUCUUGGACAAGAUCCCUUCAACAUAAAACUUCCUGAGACAGCCAAAGAGUUGUUGCGGAACAGCAACCCAUUUGAGCUGCGUGUGACAGCCACACGCCUUGAGACGAUCGUGUCCAAGUACAACACAAUCAUGCGCACCAUGACGCAGUUCGAGAAACCAUUGUUGGAGAGAAAACUGGCCAAAAUUGACAUACUGUUUGAACAAGGGUUACAGGAGUUCACAUGGAAAAUGAAGGAAUCAGCUGACUUCAUAGAACAAGCUAUGGCGCUUGUGUGUAUCGACGUUCACCAGAACCUGGACGUUGUCCAGACCAACUCUCACGAGAUUGCAGAGAUAACCAUCUCCUGGUCCAAGGGGACAUUGGACGUGUUUUCUGGAAGAGAUCCAACCAUGUCAUACUCCAUGGAAGAACUACUAGGAAUGCAAUCCCGGCUGACAGAAGAGCAUGAAAAUCUCGUAGUUCCCUCCGGCAACAAGAUCCACGCACUCGUGUUGGUCUCGUUCGAGGCUGUCCAGAUCUCCCAAGCUUCCCCUGCAUGGCAGGAUUUUAUCGACUACAUCGACGCGAUUGUGCUAGAUGGUCUUAAGCAAGCUACGCUGACCAGUCUGAAAACUAUGUUGAAUAAUUUGGUUCAGGCAAAUAUGGCUGAGGAUGAUGACUCCAUCAUCCCCAUCCUCACGAUUCGGCUCGAACUGAUCGACAAUCGCGUGGCAUUCCGACCACCACUGGAUCAGAAUACGUCGGUCAUCAGCGUACAGGAACUCGUCCUACAGUGGCUCGAUGGAUUCCUUGCCAGGGGAAAACUAGUCAAGAUGCUGGGGCCAAAGGGCACGUACCAGGACUACAUUUCUGCUGACGAGGAGGUGAAACAGCUGCUGGUGGACAUUAACAAACUUGUGGAGGAGAAUAGCGAGGAAUGCAAGAAACUGCUUGAGAUCUUCAGUGACUAUGCUUUCUUGUGGCUACAAGAUGUAAACAUCACGUUUGAGGAGUUUCUCCGAGGCAACUUGACACCCAACCCGCUCCGGAGCCCACACAGGAGCAUGGCUGGGGGGCUUAGACAGCAGAUGGCUGAGAGGUCACGAUCUGUCUCAAGAGUGUCAUCAGCCAGUAGUCAGCAUUCUGCCGGGUUCAUGGGUACAGCAGAGAGGACUUUCCUCACCCCAAAACACACCCACUCCAGCAUGCCCACAAACGUCCCAUCUCUGGAUGAGUUUGAUGCAGAGAUUGAAAUAUACAGGACUGCUCGUGAUGAGAUACAGAGCCUGGAAGACUUCCACAAUGUAGGCUGGUUGAGGGUGGACCUACAACCUAUUAAGCAGGUGCUCACAACAUAUGCUGCCAAGUGGAUGUGGACCUUCACCAAAUACCUCUCCGACCAGGUGACCCACAUGCUGCAGAAGUUGGAUGAUUUCUUGAAGCGUAUAGAGCCGGAGAUUGAGAGUAUUACCGGAGAGGAGCGUGAUACUGCCUCGUUUAUGAAGAUGAUGAGGCUCUUUAAUGAGGUAUCAGCCCAGCAAUCAGAGAUGGAUGGCAAGUUUGCGGCCAUGCACCGCACUGUGUUGCUGUUGAAGAAGUACGGCCAGAAGCUCCCCGACAUGACCCAGGCCCUGUUCAACGCGGCCCCAAGUCGCUGGAACAACUUGAAAACGAAGGUGUCCCUCGCCAAACAGAGGCUUGGUCCCAGGAUUCAGGAGGAGUCUGUCAGGAUCACACAGGACCUGGAGGCAUUUGGUCGUCGCGUUAAUGCCCUCAGCAAGGAGCUUGAAAACUCGGACGUGUACAACCGUGAAUGUUUGAUCGAUGAUGCUUGGAACAAGAUAGACAGUUUCUCCAAGAGGCUAAACAUCCUAGAAAAUGAAGCUCAGGAUUUGAUUGAGUUACAAGAGCUGCUGGAAGCCUCAGUUGUUGAUUUCAAUACCUUACCUACGUGCCGCCAUGAGCUGAACAACCUCAAGCAAGUCUGGGAAACUGUCAGAGUGAUUGACGACCAACAGGAGGAGUGGAAGCGCCAUCGCUGGCAGAAGAUGAAUACCAAGUUUCUGCGGGAAGAGACAAACAAGCAGUUGGAGAUCGUACGAGCACUACCGGAGGAUGUAUUUACUUGGGAUAUAUACAUGGGGCUGCACGAGAGCAUCACCAAUAUACAGGCCUGCCUGCCCCUUAUUGAUGAUCUGAGCAAUCCAGCAAUGAGGACACGCCACUGGAAACAGCUGGUUCGUGUGACGGGAGGAGUUUUCCAGAUUGAUAAUGAUACACUCAAGAGGAUGACUCUUGGGGAACUGCUUAGUCUUGGCCUUCAGCAGCAUGUUGAUGAUGUUCGUGCAAUCGUCCAGCGAGCAGUGAAGGACCUGUCCAUUGAGCAGUCCCUGAAAACGUAUGAGGAAGUCUGGCUGAGCAAGAUAUUCAUGUUCCAGGUCCACAUACGCAGCAAGUUGGAGAAUUCUGGGGACACCACUGUGCAUGACAAUCAAAGUGAAAUAUCCCAGAGUGAGGCUGACGGUCAAGGUCACAAGGCCGCGCCCAGUCGUAGCCAGGCCCGCACAACCAGUCGAGUUUCCAACCAGAGCUCUCACAGUAAAAACAAGAGGAGCAGUAUGGCAUCACUUCCGGCUUCCCUGCUUAAUCUAGGGGAUGCAAGGUUUUUGCUACAGGAGUCUGGUCACCACAUGCUUCUGGCCAACACAGAUCCCAUCUUUGAGGAGCUUGAAGGCCACCAGGUUGCUCUACAGGCAAUGCAGAGCAACAGUGCAGCUGGCUCAUUUUUGGAUGAAGUGGUGAAAUGGCAGAAGAGACUACAGACGAUUGAGGCUGUCCUUUCCACAUGGUUGGAGGUCCAGGAGAAAUGGGUGGAACUGGAAGAGGUGUACUCAAGUGCGGAUGUGCGUACAGCCCUGCCCCACGAUGCCAACAGGUUUGCGGUGGCCAACAGGGACGUCCGAUUGCUGAUGAGAGCAACGGAGAAGAACCCUAAUGUCCUGCAAUGUUGCUCAAGGAAAAACAUCCUGACCAUUUUGGAGCACACAAACCAUAGUUUGGAACACUGUCGCAAGUCACUUCUGAACCAUCUUGAGAGACGUAGACAGAUUUUCCCGAGAUUCUACUUCCUGUCUAUGGAGGAUGUGUUGCACAUUGUCUGCAAUGGUUAUGACCUGAGUCAAGUGAACAUGUACAUCAACAAGCUGUUUGAGAACAUUGGCAGUCUCAUCUACGAGGAGACAGAAGACAGUGACAAGUGUAACUUUGUCAUCACCGGCGUACAUAGCAACCUGGGGGAGAGGCUAGACUUCCAAACAUCUGUGUCAUGUGAUGGGCAGAUAGAGACAUGGCUGACCAGUUUCCUGGCUGGCCUGAAGGGGGCGCUACAGUUCCAGAUGGCCACAGCAAUGGGCACGGAGAAACCUGCGCCCAAAACUCGUCAGAUCAGGAGUGCAGGCUCGCGUAAAGUUACAGUCCCUGUGAAGGAGAGCCACUCUGCUACUAAGACUAAGGAGAAAGGACGGAGCAGCAGAGCGGGCAGCCUUGCUGGCAGUCUUGCAGGAAGUCUGGAUGGCAGAGGUCAACCAAAGGCCAAAGAACGCAAGGAGGGGAGCAGACCACAAUCAGUGACGGAACAGAUAUUCUCUGAUGGGAAUGAUGACCCCAAAAGUUCAUGGACACUGGAUCACGUAACAGAGAUCGUGUACCUUGCGACACAUGUGCAGAUGCUGGAACAGGUGGAAACAGCGCUCGUGGAGUUUGGCGAGGGCAAGGAUGAUGCACUGAAGAAUGUUCUCAAGAAGAUCAAUGACAGUAUAUCAGCCACAACCGUUCUGUUGAAAGGGAUUGAAGGAGAGAAAGAGAAGAAGGAGAAGAAAAAGAAACACAGGGAUGGAGAGUCGGAACUGCUGGAUGAUACAAACUCUCUAGCAGGUGCAGGUACCGGGGUAAGGAGCAGUAAUGCACCGUCCCUGGGGGCCUCAAGGAAGGGCUCUAUGUUUGACAUCACUGGCAUGGACACCACCCACUCACCCAUACCAGAGGAGGACGGGCCAUUAGACCAAUCCCUGGUGGAGCCUACCACUAUGGAACCAAUAGACACCAUGAACUUGGCCGCCAUGUCACUGCCCCCGAUGAAGAAGGACGAGGAGGAAGAGGCUAAGAUCGCGCAGGAGGUUGCGAAACUGGAGACAACUGAGAUGAGACUCAUGCUGUUCCCUUCACAGAUACACAAACUGUCCUGCCUACUGGCACUCCUGGCUCACCUCAGGGACUAUGUAGCAAGACUGCUCACCCUUGAUUCACCAUCCCCCAUCAACAGCCUGGAGUGGCGCUCCCAUCUACAGUACAAGUUCAAUAAGGACAACAAGGCAGUAACUGUCAAGACCUUGGAUGUCAACAUGGAGUAUGGUUACGAGUACCUGGGCUCAAGCCCGCGUGAGGUGAUCACACCCCAGACAGAGAGGUCGUUUGUGGCUCUCACCCAGGCCAUCAAUGCAUACAUGGGCACCAUGUGUGUAGGACCCAUUGACAGUGGAAAGUUUGAGCUUGUUCAGGAGUUGAGUUACAGUUUCGGCCAUGCCAUUUACAAGUUCAACUGUACCAAAUCCAUGGAUUACUGUGGCCUACAGGACAUAUUCCGUGGAAUGGCAUCGACAGGCUGCUGGAUAGCAUUCAAUAACCUCAACUGCUUAAACCCAUCCGUCCUAAGUGUGUUUGCUCAGCUGAUGUCCACAGUCCUAGAGGCUCUACGGGCUGGCAAGGCAGUUGUGCAGUUACAAUCGGACGAUAUUCAACUCAACCCCACAGGGGGGUGUUUUGCCUUUGUUGACAGUUGUAUGCCCGUGAAGGCAACCAACCCGGACAAACUGCUGAUAUUCCCAGCAGUGACAGCAACUCUACCAGACUAUGUAAUGAGACAGUUUAGGGUCAUCUCAGUGGCCAGGCCAGACCUGAAACUCUGUCUGGAGGUCAUGCUCUUCAGUCAAGGGUUUAUCAAUGGUUCUGAGCUUGCUGAGAAGACCAUGUGUCUGAGGGAACUAUCCUGUAAACUGCUGGGUACCAACACGUUCAUCACAGAAAACCUAGCUCUCGAGAAUGCAUGGACUGGCGUGGACAUCUCAGCCGGGUUCAAUGGUUGGAGCCUCAAGACAUUAAAGGGCGUUGUGGCGGAGGCCGGUGCUCACUUGGAGCAGCUUAGUGCCGAACUCAGCGAGGAUGGUGACACGGGAGAUGGGGGGAGUGUGGAAGAGGAUGAGGAAGAAGAGGAGGCAAAAGAAAUGGAGGACAACCCAGCUGAGAAGCUUCUUGAAGGUGGGAAGACGUUGAUGCUGGAAGAAAAGUCUGUCGUGAUUGCGCUGCGUGACACGUUCCUGCCACGCAUGGUCGGGCGUGAUGCGAGCGUGUUCACAACCCUCCUCAUGGAUGUUUGGCCAAAUGUUGACAUUCCAAUGGUGUUUGGCGGUGACGAGGAUUUGAUGGAGAAGUUGCCUGAGAGUAACUCACGACUGAGCUCUAAAAGCUCUAGCAGAGCUAGGACAGCCAAGAGUCAGAGCUCGACCAAAUCUAUGAAAGACAUGUAUCCGGGUAUCUAUGAAUCAAUCAACCUGAACACCCCUGUCGUGAACAUGGCAGCUGGUGACAGAUUCACAUAUAUAGACCCAAAUCAGAAACAGGUGCUUGAAGACAUCCAAGAUGCUAUCGCCGUGGCAACCGGUGACCUUGGCUUGCUGCCAGGGGUCGCAUUCCAGGCCAGGGUUGCUCAACUUGCGCAACUGAAUGCUGCCCACCAGACAAUAUUUGUGGUGGGGCCGGCGGGAUGCGGUAAGAGCGAGUGCAUCAAGACAUUCGCUGUAGCAGAGCGAGAGAGGGGAAAGACCAUCAGUGUGCAGACUGUCUUCUCCAAGGCCGUGGAGUCGGAGGAACUCAUGGGGCACUUUGAUCUAAAGUCAAAGGAGUGGAAAGAUGGCCUGUUUGCGUCGCUGCUGCGUAAGUUCUGUGUACAGCCCCCAAACAACAACUACAGCCACAAAGUGAAACCAGUCAUGAAAAUUAUGCAGCUGGACGGAGAGGCUGAUCCUGGCCAGUUGGAACUCCUACAAAGUGUUCUGAUGAAUUGUGGAAGUGUUGUUCUUGGCAACAACGAAAGAAUCACCGUACCAGACACACUGCGCUUCAUGUGGGAGCUUGAGUCGCUAUCGAACAUAAGUCCGGCAUUGCUAGCCAGUGUUGGAGUUAUGGUCAUGUCCCCGAACGACGUUGGCUGGCAACUCAUGCUUGUCCAGUGGCUUGAGAGACGACCAGACGUUGAUAAGGAUCUUCUUACUGGCUUCUGUGAUGUGUACAUCUACAAGACUAUCAACUUCCUUGCCGAGAGCACCAAGCCUCACAUGUUUGCCAGCAAAAAGUCAGGGCUGCCUCGCUACAAGAGAGUGAUCAGCCACACAGUGGAGAACAUGGUUGUCACCUUCACCAACCUGCUAGAUAGAUUACUUUUACCACUGACCAUGGUAAAUCCCUACCCAGACCUGAGUGAUGUAGAGUUUGAGCGUUAUUUCAACUUCGCUUGCAUCUGGGCGUUUGGCGGGACCCUAGCUGUUGAACAUCGGGAGUCGUUUAGUUUCUGGUGGCGUGAACAGUUCGAACAACAUAUCGACUACCCAGAUGAUGGAAUGGUAUUCGACUAUAUGGUUGACUCUGAGACGCACGAGUUUGUAAAGUGGUCAGACAUUUGUCCCCCAUACAGUGCCACACCUCACAUUGGCAUUCCCGCUGACGCCUUUGUACACAGCACACAGAUCGAACAGAUCAUGACAAUUCUUGGAUGUCUGACCGAUGCUGGAAGGUCUGUCCUGCUGGUGGGUGAAAAUGGUUGUGGAAAAACAGCACUCGUGAAUGAGAGAAUCCGAACUGUCUGCUCUGGAGAAGUGGCAGAAGUCUUGUCUCUCACUGUACAGGCUAACAGGUUCACAACGGCGCGCCUGCUGUAUGACCGUCUGGAUGAGAGGCUGGAAUGGAAGCAUGGACGUACAUAUGUUCCCAAGGGCAACAAGAGACUACUCUGCUUCAUCGAUGAUGUUAACCUCUCUAUGGUUGACCAAUGGGGAGAUCAGACAGCAAUCGAGUUGAUUCGCGAGCAUAUAGAUGACGGUGGAUUUUACAACCAGGACACGCAUGCCUGGCGUUACGUUAAGAACGUCACAUACGUGAGCACUGUUAACCCCAACACCACUGCCAACGUGCCGCAGCUUAGUCAGAGGUUUCUGAGACACUUUGCUGUGUUUGCUGUACCCUACCCACCGAACAAUGAGCUGCAGACAAUCUUCACAACUCUGAUGCACACGCACUUCAUCACCCCGGAGACAGCCCAGACCUCUAUUGGGGUUCACCAUAGCAACUAUGAUGAGAAGGCUAUUCAGCUUCAACAGGAGAUGGAGGAGAGAUUAAAGCAUAUUUUGACAACGGUCGUCCAGGUGACAAUAGAACUCCAGGAACGGCUGCGAUCCAUGUUCCUGCCCACCUCACAGCGAUGCCACUACAUCUUCACACUCAAGGAUCUCUCAUGCAUAUUCAAGAAUGUAUGCCUGUCCCUACAACCCAAUGUUGCCAAGAAGAACCUUCUGUUGCUAUGGCAACAUGAGUGUUACUGGGUGUAUGGACACAGGAUGGUGAACGACGUUGACAUAAGGCGAUUCCGACAGGCAUUCAACGUCUCUGUGAAGAAGGAAUUUGCGGAUGAUGAAAUGGUGCAGACCAUGAUUCGCACCAGACAGCCCCAGUUUAGUAACCUGAUUGAACAAGACAGUGGUAUAGUAACGGCGGGCAUGAUCGAUACACGUCACAGUACAAAAGUCUCGGAAGAGGAUGCCAAAACAGACAUGUUUAAGCCUUACAACAAUCUGGGUGAUGUGAAGGACCUGAUGAACAAAGGAGUUGAAGAGUAUAACAAGAUACAUCCUAGGAUUAAACUCUCUCUGUACAAGGUUGUGGUUGACCAAGUGUGCAGACUCGCACGCACUAUUGCCUCCCCUCAUGAGAACGCCAACUGUGUCCUUGUGGCUGAGGGCUCACCAGGUCAGUCAACAGUGGUGACCAAGCUAGCUGCUCACCUGUGUGGAUACACUGUGUACCAGAUCAACCCCAGCCCACUGGGGUCGUCUACAGAGUAUAAGAUGGACCAAUUCAAGGCUGACCUUGUGCAGGGAUACACAAGGGCAGGGGCAAAGGGUGAAAAGAUCCUUAUGCUCCUCCAUGAAGAAGAGCUUUUGGAAGAAGACUUCCUCGUGUUCUUGAUUGAGUUUAUUGCUGGGGGCUCGAUAAGUCACCUGUUUGUAUAUGAGGAGCAGACAACAAUCAUUAACUCCAUCAGAACUGAGGUGACGCAGGCAGGACUGACAUACACGAGGGAUGUGGCAUGGAACUUCUUCCUCAAGACUGUGCGUAACAACUUCCGUGUGUGCCUGAUAGCGGGUGACGGGGGUAAGAACUUCCAGCGUCGGUGUCGGGAGUACCCGGCCUUUACAAAGAGUGUAAACUUCAUCUGGUUCCCACACUGGUCCAAGACCCAGCUGGUGGAACAUUCCAUGUACCAUCUCACUGGUGUGCCAUGGAUGACUGACAUUCAGAGGGAGAACGUAGCUCAUAUGUUGGCCUCCAUGCACCUGGUAUUGAGACAGCAGGACGGCCAGGAAAGAGACUCCGGAGAGUACAGACAUAUCACCAACACCUCCUAUGAGAAGUUUGUGGAAAGAUUCAUCUCGAUAUCAAGCCAACGUCAGAAGACGUUAAAGAAGGACCACGAUGCAGUUGCUACGUCAUUACACCAGAUAAGACGGGAAAAUGAGGUGGCCGUGAAACUGAGGAAGAACCUCGAACACGAGAUGAUCGUCCUGGAAGAGAGAAAACAGGGCACGAUCAAGAUACUGUCCCAGAUUGGCCAGGACACGGCCAUCACAGAACAACAGGUGAAGGUCGUCAAGGCUCAGAUGGACAAGAUUGCCAAACUUAAGAAGUCCCUCCCUGAGUACCAGGUAGCCCAUGAGAGGGCCGUUUACAAGGCCAUAGCCAUUGUUGCAGACACCAAAAAAGUUGUCCAGAACAUCAACAUUGACAAACUACAUGAGCUUCGCGCCAUGCAGAAACCCAUCAUAGAUAUUGAAGACCUGAUGGCAGCCAUCAUCAUGAUAUUGAAGUCCCCAUCAGCUGACCUCACCUGGCAAAAGGGAGCUAAGAGGCAAAUGGCCAACAUUGAAAGAUUCAUAGAGGAGUUGAUGUCAUUUGAUGACCAGCAGCUGCCAGAGUCGACCUUGAUGCUUGUCGAGCCGUACCUGAAAAAGCCCACAUUUGAGCCUGAUACGCUGGAGAGGAAGACUGGGAACUCUGCUUGUGGGUCUCUGUGUAAAUGGGUCCGGGGAGUGGUCAGAUACCACCGGAUGAUGAUCUCGAAGGUAAAGCCUCUACAUCAGAAGGUUGAUGAGACAACUUCUGCUGUUGAUGACGCAGAACACAAAAUGUCAACCCUUGAGGGCAAGCGGAAGAGCCUUGAGGUCCGAUUAUCGGGACUUGCACGGGGCUUCGAGGAGGCAACAAUCGAUAAGAAUGAGCAGGAGGAGAAAACGAAAAAGAUGAAGAAAAUGUUGGAGACGGCCGCACAGCUGAGAAAGAUCCUGAAGGGUGAAAGGUUGCGAUGUCAGCAGAUCUACGACUCACAUGACCGGCGUAUGAUUUCCAUCCCUGGAGGCUGUGCAAUGGCAGCAGGAUUUGCAACUUACCUCGGACCAUAUCAUCAUAACUUCAGGAGGGUCAUGCUGACUGUCCAUUGGCCCAACUGCCUCCGAGAAAGAGGCAUUCCCCUAGUGAUAGAUUCAAUCGACGGUUUGAAGGGCCGGGUAAUCGACUGGUCCAUCAACUUCCUGAAGACUGCAUCUGGCGCCAGUCAGGUGUAUGAUGUAGACUACACUUCUGAAGUGCUGAAGGAGGAACUUGCAAAUGCAAAGGGGAGGGAGCUAGGAGAGAUAGCAGAGGAAGAUGAACAUCAACUGGAGAAGGGGGUAGAGGCAGAAAAACAGCCAGAAGAAGAUGGUGAAAAACCUGGGAGUGAGCCAAAACCACAGACUGCUGAGGCAGGUGAAAAACCUGGGUCCAAAGAGGAGGCCAAGGCUAAUGAGGAUGAAAAGGACCGGGAAUCCCCUGUUUUAGAGGAGAGACACCCCUCACAGGAAGGUGUGGCCCCACCAGACGGCAGUGAUAAUGAUGAGGACAGCCAGAGUCAGUACACACAGAGCACCACACCAAUGUUGUCAUCUUCCCAGUAUAACAAGUACAUCAAGUCUCUCAUCAAGCUACUUGUGGGGGAGAAUAUACUCAACAACUGGCUUAAACAAGACUUCGGCCCAAGGCAGAUAGAGAAUGCAUCCAUUCUAUGUUCAUCAUGGCAAACACCCCCGAUGUUAAUUGAUCCAAAUGGUGAGGGUGCCACAUGGCUCGGAAAACUCAACUCUCUUAUGAACAACCGGAAAUUGGUGUCUCUUGACAUGGAAACAAGGUCUGACCCACACGUGAUUCUGACCCUGGAGAAGGCCAUCAUGCGCGGAAAGCCAGUCCUACUGCAGAACUGCCGGGAACACAUCGAUAACAUCAUCACACCCCUCAUGCAUCAUCGUAACACUGCCAAUGAGGAUGACAAGAACGAAGAGCCACGAAUGAUCAAGUUUUGUGGUCGAAGGAUCCUGUGUCAUCAGGAUUUCAGGUUCUACCUAUCAACUGCACUGCCAAAGCCAAAGUUCAACCCCGAGGUUGCAUCCACCACAAAAAUCAUCAACUUUGGAGUCUCACACGAUACACUGACAGAGGACCUCUUGUCGAGAGCGUUUGCGAGGAUUCGACCUGACUUGUACAAAGAGAGGAUUCUUGCUCUGAAGAAUGUUGAGGUGGAGCAAAAGACACUUCAUCACCUGUCAAUCACUGUGAGGGACAAGGUUUUGACCAAUCAGGAGGCGAUUAUGGGGAGUGCCAAAGCUGUCAAGUUCAUUACAGACUUUACAAAUGCCAAAGUGGAUUUAUCGAAUCGCCUACAAGAAACCAUGACCCUGAUCGAAGACCUUGAAGGUCUUAAAGAUGAACUGUACCCGCUAGCUCGACGGGCGGCCAUGUUGUACGCUAUAUGCCGCAGCCUACAGAGCAUCCACAAUGAGUACCAGUUCUCGCUGGCCUACUUUAUCUCCCUGUUUGAUGAGGCUGUGGGAGGAGAACUGCCAGAAGAGUUCAACCAGGGAUCUGUUCCUGAUGAGGGUUAUGAGGAUGAUGAUGAUAGCAGUGUUGAUGGUGGUAAGAAGGGCCGUGUUGGAAGCUCCUCCUCGCACGGAUCUCGUGACGAUACAGGCGAGAAGGCCACAGACAAACAGACGUCUGCAACCAAACAAGACGGGCCACAGACUGCUGAACUGGAGGAUGGGAGCAAGCAGGAACCCACUGAAGAAUCAGCCAGCACAAGUGCGGCUCAAAAGCUGAUCGCAGGCACAGAGUCAGAGGAGUUACCUGCCCUUGAGAUUCCCCAGACCGCGCCCCUACCCUCAGAGGGUGUGGACUAUGCUAGCUUCUCAGCCAAUACCAUCAAGCAGCUCAUGGACAAACUGACUGGACUCGUGUACAGGAGGAUCAGAGAGAGCCUGUAUGAGGAUGAUUGCCUCUUGUUUGCCACGCUGCUGUGCCUUAACAUUCAAGCAGAGGGAGGGGAAAACUUCACCAAUGAGGAAAUGUCACUCCUUCUGCAAGGCAACCCAGGCCUUGGCAUGCAGCUGACCCUGGCUGACUUUGACUGUAAGGACGACCCCCCAGAGUGGCUCCCACAGGAGAAAUGGGAGGACAUCUUGGCCCUCUCAGUCCUGCCUGGCCCCCUAGACUCCCUUUGCGUCAACUUCGCCAUGAACUCAGACCCUUGGAAGUCCUGGUACAAGGGUGACUACCCAGAGAGGGAGCCCCUGCCUCUGUCCAUAUCUGGGGGUGGGGUAUCACUUGAGACAAGGCCUGGCUCUACAGAGAGUACCAAGAGUGAGAAGGAGCACUCCAAGUCUCCGGACCUCGGCCCGCUGUCAGAGUUCCACCAGCUGCUGCUGAUCAGGAUGCUGCGGCCGGACAGACUGCCUGUCGCCCUCGCCAAGUACAUCAACAAGUAUCUCACGCUCAACCUGCCAGACCAGAUAGAGUUCAACCUCCAAGACACACUAAAGGACUCGAAGCAGCACCUUGGAAUCCUGCUGUUGUUACCAGAAAGUCUGGAAAAGUCGACAUCCCAGCCUGUGACACACCUCCAGCUUACACACCCUCCAGUGGAUGUGCUGUACAAGUUGGCUAAGACUGUUGGGGUCAACAUUGAGCAUGUCCGUAUCGGUGAAGGCAGCGAAGUGCUUGUAGAAGAAGCCAUUGACACCGCUGAUAAGAACGAUGGCUGGGUCGUUAUAGAGGACCUCCACCUUGCUCCAGAGAAAUUCUUCAACCAGCUGAAGAAACACUUGGUCAGAGUGUUCCGGAGUCGGGAGAAACUGCGAGCGAAUAAUCCGGAGGAGAAGCAGAAGUCAUCCAAGUUCUGUGUGUGGAUUACAAGCGAGCCUUGUGAAAAAAUUCCCAACUACCUGAUACUCAAACUGCAUAAGGUUGCAUGGAACCACAUUACGAUGGAUGUGACCCAGCCAGACAUGUCGGAAGCCACCACAGACUCUGGCGAGGGGAGCAGUGAGCCGCCCCUGGCCAUCAAUUACAAGUCUCCACAGUCCUUCCUACAUACAGCCAUUGUGUCGACCAUGAAGCAAGUUCCCCCCAAGGUCUGGGAGGCCGUCUUGCAAGAAAGCCAGGCCAUCCGAAACAUCGCAUUUUCAAUCUCAAUCAUUCAAGCCAUGCUUGUUGCACGCCAGCUGUUUGGGGCCCAGGGGCUGAGUCAGUUCUACCCGUUCUCAAACGUGCAGACUGGCCAGGCAAUUACCCUCGUGUUAGGAAGGUUUUUGAGGCCUGCGGAUGAAGAGACAGGCGAGCCCGACAAGACUAUGCUUACACAGAUUAUUUCACAGGUGGUGUAUGAGAACACAGCCUUUAGUGAGUUUGACCAGGCCUACGUGGUGGCGCUGGUGAGGAGUGUGAUCCACAAUAUCUACACAGACUCCUCUGGUACCCUUGUACUGGGCACUGUUGCCAUUCCUACCCCACCCGCCAAUGUUGAGCCCAGUGAGUAUGCAUGGUGGUAUGAGAAGAAUGUAGACGAGGAGUUUACACUGGCCGCCCUACAGCUACACACCAGUGUCGAGAGGGAGGCUUGUGUCGCAAGCUCCACCAAGUUUAUCCAGAACAUGGACCACAUGUUUGAAACCCAGAAUAUGGAGGCGGGUGAAGUGUCCAUAACGCAGGAGAAUGAAGUAAAUGUCAAACAUCUCCGCUCCUCCCUCGACCUCUGUGUCGAGGAGUUACCCCCCUUGCUGGAGCUCGGGUCCGUGCCAGAGUCCACUCAAAACACGACGUACAAUUUCCCGUACCAUCGGCCCAGCGUGAUCAGUAUUGCUACGGCUUCCAGCACAUUCAUGCCUGAAACACUGGGUUAUGUACUAUUACAGGAGUGCCUAUGGCUGAACUCCCUCCUGUGCCACAUCCGCCAGCAGAUCAGCGAGCUACAGGACCGGCUUCUGAGCGGCCCUGAGGCCCUGCCACUCAACCACAUGGCUUCUGUACUCAGCCUCCAGGAGGAGCAUGUACCUGUCUCCUGGGUCCAUCCUAACUCACAGCCUAGUACACACUCACUGGUCUCCUGGCUAGAAGAUAUGAUGAAGAGAUACAACCAGUUGCACACUUUUGUAAAGUGUGGGAUGGUGCCGACAUUUACCGACGGAGUUAUUGGUGACAACCCGGUGAUUGGACAUGGUCACCUCAACAAACUAUGGCUUGGCGGUCUCGUCAAUCCAGAGGCUCUGCUGACUGCCCUCAAGCAGGAGAAGGCCGUCGUCAGCCAGUGUAGUCUUGAAGAUAUUGUGUUUGAGUGUGUGGUGUUGGACUCUGACAGUACAACCGACUAUGAUGUGGAUGAGGGAGGCCUGUUCAUCACAAAUGUUCACCUGCAGGGUGCCGCCUGGGACUACGAUAAUGACUGUCUGCAGGACGCUACUUCUGCCCUGUUCAACAUCCCGAGCAUCUACCUAAAGCCAGUGUUGAGAUCAGAGUCUCCAGACCAGGAAACCCAGGAGAAUAGGAACAAGAAGAUAUAUACAUGCCCCAUGUUCAUGAACAGGAGUCGACAGUACCAGGUAUCAGAGCUCCAGUUGAACUGCCCACCGCCUGUUGACACGUGGUACCUGGCGCGUGUGGCCCUUGUGCUGGAUGCAGGACUGCCAGAAGAUGGGGUGAAGAAAUCCCGCUCGUACCUGAUGAACCUGCGACCCCAGGCCAUAAUUCAAGAUGAACAGGAGCCUGAAGACGAGGAGUCCGAGGAAGAGCUUGAUGAAUUGGAACCUGAUGAUGAGUCUGAUGCGGAGGAGAUUGGAGGUCACUCAGAGCCAUCACAGCUCUCUUACAGACCAAUGAGUCCCAAGGCCCCGCCCCUCCCUCCAGGCCUGGGUCUCCUGCGUGAGCCUCCAAUGGCAGAAGAAGAACAAGGGUCUGCAAAGUCCAAGGGAGGAAAGAAUUCUCCUGCUAACAGAAAAACUCCCACCAGGAAAACCCCAUCUCGGACUCCACCAAAAACCACACCAAGAAAGACUCCAUCUCUCCCCACCUUCCCAGAAGGUGAACAAGAUGGCCAAAAAACACAGCCAAAGGGCCAGUCCCCUGUAGGUGCCAUGAAGACCCCUUCUCCCCCUGCAGGGCCCAGGAAAACCCCAUCUCCGAGGCAGACCUCAGCAGGACGCCUUUCCAGGAUCCAAAAACAGGGAUCAGCCUCAAAGGGGCGAACAUCACGGGGUUCCAAGAAGGAAUUUGAUGGGGAAGAGGAGAACAGGCCAUUCUCACAGGCGCAUGAGGAACCUGUCACUCAAGUGGAGGUGGAAAAUGGUGACGAGACAGGAGGGGAUCCAAACGUCCAACAACAGGGGUCCGUGGAUUCCCCUAGGUCAGGAAGAGCCGAGGUUUAGGUUGACUGAUUGUACAUAGUGGGGCUAUCAUACCCUGCAAGGUGGAUAUGAAAUUAACACUGUUUAGAGGAUAACUUGAAGUAUAUCCUUCAGAGCUGCUGAGUAAAGGAACAGACUAUGAUGCACUAUGAAAAUGGCAGAUUCUGUGAUAUUCAACAUCAGGAAUUGAAGGCUAAAUUGAAUAUCCAUGCUUUGUGUAAUGGAUUGGGCUCAAAUAUUACUGUAAUUUUUCUUUGUUUUGAGUGUGUUACAUAUCUAUUUGCACCUUGUUUAUGAAUUUUGACAUUGACUGAAAUGAUUGAAAGAGACAUUGAAAUCCAAAAAUUUAUAUUUGACUGCUAUUUUUGUAACCAAAUUUUAUGUUAUAUCCAUGUUUAAAUUGAUUGUUAUUAUUUAUUACAUGAAAAUGAAUCUAUGAGAAUUAUUUUAGCGUGCAUAUACAUGUUUGUAUGAAAAAAUAUACAGGGAAGUAUUAAACAUGUUUAACGUGAUAUUUAUCAUUGACUUCUGUGUUAUUAUAAUACAUUCAGUAUUUUAUGAUUUUUUGAUUUUACAAUGAAAAAUGCCAAGUUUUAUUUAUAUCAUGUUUCAAUGGUUUACUGAUAACAUGUACAAUUUUACUGUGCCUUUCAUCUUUAUGUUCCGUCCAGAGACUUGUUUAUAGAUCUGUUAUAUGUAUUUUCACUUUUUUGGCAAUAAAUGUUGAAAUGGUACUUUAAGUUGUAUUGUGUCAAAUCAUUUUAAAAAGUAUUUGUUUUAUACAACCAU